AUGGGGAGUGCUUCAUCCUUGUUAUCAGAGCCGGAACCUAAGUUUGAAGUUACGAAUACUCCUCUAAGAGCAUUACCAAAUACACUAUUUGAUACUGACUCCAUUCUAUUCAAGACGCUGAAAUUACCUAAUAAUAACAUUCUAGGUAUACAGCAUGAAGUGCAACAACUUACAAGUCUGGAGGUAGUUGAUCUAAGCCACAACAAGAUAGCCCGUGUUCCAUUUCAAUUAUUGGAGCUACCUCGUCUCAGGUGCCUGUCACUCGCGGGUAAUCGUCUGCAAAGGAUAUAUGAUGUCAACAAGGCUACUAAACUGCAAUAUCUUGAUCUUAGUGAAAAUCAUUUCAAAAGCAUGUUAGAUGUCCAUGGAUUAUUUGAACUCAACAAACUCAAAAAUCUUCAAAUGAGAUCCAACAGACUGACAGAAAUACCAGAUAACAUCAGUAAACUACACAGUUUACAAUACCUUAAUGUUGAAGGCAAUGAUAUCAAUACUAUUCCAUCCACAUUUAGCAACUUGACUAAUUUAAAAACAUGUAUUAUGAAAAAUAACAAUAUCAAUGCACAUUCUGGAGUACCUCUGACAUCCCUACCACGCAUUGAACACCUUGAUAUUGACAAUAAUGCAUUUCAUUCAAUUUUCACAAUUUCAAUUAAAUCCAUGAAAUAUAUCUCAGCUCGUGCCAACUGCAUCGUAUCACUUCCUGAAAGGAUGGCUCCAGAAAUAUUAGAAGAACUAUAUUUAGAUGACAAUGAGCUAAAUGAUAUUUCAAAUGUUAAAUUUAAUUCAAUGGCAAAGUUGAGAGUUCUUUCCUUGAGAAACAACCAUCUACAAACCAUUCCUGACAGCUUGGGGCGUGUAUUUAAUUUAGAAACAUUAGACCUCGAAGGUAAUCAGAUAAAAGACAUCCCAGAAAACCUUUCAUGGACAAAAAUGAAAAAAAUUAACCUUUCAAAAAAUAAGUUGAAACAGUUUCCUACUCAGCUAGAAAAAGCACCCCAGCUUGAAAAUUUAAACCUUUCGAGCAAUACACUUGGCGACACUGCAACUAAAACAUUAUUCAGUACCUUGCAAAAGCUGAAAUGCUUGAACAUCAAAAAUACUGAUUCCAAGCAUAUUCCAGAUGGAUGUUGUAAUUCUGAAAACUUAGAAGAACUUAUACUCAGCGACAACAGACAAAAGUUAUCGAGAGCUGUAGACCUAGUAACUGAAAGAUUCGACUCACAGAAAUGGAAAUUACUGGCACAAUUUCUCGGAAUACAAACAGAAGCAAUUGAUAGAGAGCGUAUCUCCGUGAAAGACAAGUUACGUACAAUGGUGCAGGCAUGGAGUGAGAAGCACCAGGCACCAGCUCUUAUCCCGAUGAUGAAAGACAAGUUAGUUCAAGCAUUGAGGGUUGUCGGUGAUGCCCAGUUAGCAAAUGACAUUGAGCAUAUCAGUGUUCAAAAUUGGACACUGUAA